CGAGAAGUUGAAUGGCCACCAGUUUGAAAGGUACGCCUUGAGGAUUUCGUACAUCCCGGACGAGGAGGCGAUGCAGCCCCCGGCACAGCGGCCACGUCGAGGGCCUGGGAGUCGUUCCAUGCGGGAGCACAGUCAGUCCGCGGGUGCCGUACCCUCACACAAGCAGCUGGACAUUCCCCUGCGGAUCCUGGUGCCCACCCAGUUUGUCGGUGCCAUUAUUGGAAAGGAAGGGCUGACCAUCAAGAACGUCACACAGCAGACACAAUCAAAAAUCGACAUACAUCGGAAGGAGAAUGCAGGCGCAGCAGAGAAACCCAUCAGCAUUCAUUCAACAGCUGAGGGAUGUACAGCUGCCUGUCAGAUGAUCCUGGAAAUUAUGCACAAAGAGGCACAGGACACCAAAUUCACUGAGGAGAUCCCAUUGAAAAUCCUCGCUCACAACGGCUUUGUGGGACGGCUGAUCGGUAAAGAAGGACGCAACCUGAAGAAAAUAGAACAAGAAACAGGGACCAAAAUAACCAUCUCUCCGUUACAGGACUUGACGCUGUAUAAUCCGGAGAGGACCAUCACUGUAAAGGGCAGCAUUGAGGCCUGCUCAAAAGCUGAAGUAGAAAUUAUGAAGAAACUCAGAGAGGCAUAUGAAAAUGACCUUGCUGCUAUGAAUCAACAGGCAAACUUGAUCCCGGGGUUGAAUUUAAAUGCCCUGGGGAUUUUCUCGUCGGGACUGCCGGUGCUUCCAUCGACAAGUAGGCCCCGUGGAGCUGCUCCUUCCUACAGUCCGUUUGCGAGUCAACUGUGCUACCCGGGUGGUCUGUAUAGUACACCAGCAGUCGGUACAAUGGCCCAGCCGUAUUCUCAGACAUCAGAACAGGAAGUUGUGCACUUGUUCAUCCCAACCCAAGCUGUGGGAGCCAUUAUUGGAAAGAAGGGGCAACAAAUCAAGCAGCUCUCCAGGUUCGCUGGGGCAUCAAUCAAGAUCGCGCCUGCUGAAGGGCCUGAAGCGAAUGAGAGGAUGGUAAUUAUCACAGGCUCACCAGAGGCUCAGUUCAAGGUGAGUCCCAAGUGUGAUCUAACCAGGGUUCAGUAUAAUUUUACAAGAACUUCUGCACUUUUCUAUGCUAUUCCUCGAGAAAAGAAUCUGAAUUCUUGGAUUAUUAACAUGCCAUUUGGAUAUCUGUCCUAG